CGGGGUAAUAGUGUUUCUGGGUUCUCUCUCUAUUAUUUCCUGACCCACUAACCGGACACUCCGCCCUCGAGUCCCCGGUGAGGACAGCUUCCGUUCCAGAGUUCACAGCUCGAGUUACAGACAGAUAUCUCUCCGCGAUACAGGAUAAUUAGCGGUUAUUAACUAUCGUUAUUAUUAACCGUUCGUUUUUGUAUUUGGGACUUUGUCUAUAAAAGGAUAAAGACACUUUUGGUAAGAAACUCCGCAGAGUUUUGUCUCAAAGCUGCUUCAACUGUCAACUGUUUUCUGGAGGAACUAAACGGGAUCGAGGAAGUGCUUCUAGUAGAAUAGAACCGAGAGAAAAGUUUUUAACCGCAGACAGUCUCGUCAUCAGAAUAGUUGAACAAGUCAGCCACGUCCGUCUGGAUUAAAGCUGCUGCAGUUUGAAAAGAUCCUCUGACUCACACGAACAACACUUCCCCGGUGCUCCACCGGAACGGGGGAACGGGGCUGAAGUGGUCAUGUGUGACGGGCGUGGCGGGGUGGGGAAGUUUGUCCCGGUUUACCUGUGUCUGCGUGUUUGUUCAUGAGAUGUGGUUUGAGGCUCCACUGGGAGAUGAACACAGAGACAUUUCACAGAGACAUUUCACAUUCCGCCUGUAACUAUUUAUUUCUGCUCAAUUCUAUUGCGUUUUACAACACGAGGAGACGCACUGACUCAAUUUGGACGACCGGUAGUUUAUACGGUGCUGCUGAUAAACUAGUCGGUCUCGGUUUCUGUCGGUUUUGAGGAGAAAAGUCGCCGUUUUAUUUAUUUUCAACCUUAUCCGUGUUUUAUGGGACACAUCGUGGGAAGCUGGUGUACACGGAUACGAAUACAACAUGAGCUGAGACAGUUGAACUCUUGUCGGAAAGGUUUGGUAAAUCUCCCGGUUCAACCGUGGGAUUGUAUAUUUAAUGUUCUUCAGUAAUAUCUGUUGGGUUAUAUUAUUGAUCCGUCAGUGAUUAUCCGUUAGGUAUUGAUAAAGCGUAGCGCCAUGGCUCUGUCUCAGGUGCAGUGUCUCGAUGAGCAUCACAUCAACUGGCGCGUGACCGAGUCCAAACCCGAGUUCUUCUACAGCGAGGACCAGCGGCUCGCGCUCGAGGCUCUGCUCACCGGGGGGCGAGAGGCCUUUAGCAGCUACCUCAGUGAACAUGACCUCCGACACUUCCUGUCUGAACCGGAGCUCCUGCGGCUGGCGCGCACUGUGGAGGCCUACCGGCCUGGAAGCGAGCACCUCAAGGCCGAGGCGGGAGCGCUGGAGUAUGACGGGGGCAAUGGGCCACUGUCAUUACAGUACUGGCCCGACCGCUCUGAAGGUUCUAUACCCGACCUGGACCUGGGCUGGCCCGACGCCGCGUCAUACCGAGGAGUGACACGUGUCAACGUGCACACGCAGCCCCCGGCUGAUGGCCAAACACACAUCAAGGAGGUGGUCCGGAAGACUAUAUCACAGGCUCAGAAGGUUAUAGCAGUAGUAAUGGAUCAGUUUAGUGACGUUGACAUCUAUAAGGACCUGUUAGAUGCGGCCUAUAAGAGAAGAGUUCCUGUCUACAUCGUCAUUGACACAUCUGCUGUUUCCUGUUUCCUGGACAUGUGUUGUAGAGCCACCAUGCACCAGGGACACCUCAAGAACCUGCGUGUGCAGAGAUGCUGUGAAGGAGUAGAGCUUCAGAGAUACAUGCUGGUAGACGGAGACAGAGCUGUGACUGGAUCAUACAGCUUCACGUGGUCGGCGUCUCGUCUGGACCGGAACCUGAUCACGGUUCUGAGCGGUCAGGCAGUUGAGACGUUCGACAAACAGUUCCGUGACCUCUACAUGACCUCUAGGGGUGUGUCCCUCGCCAAGGUUCCGCUGGAGGAGGAGCCUAUCCCUGACUUCACCCCCAUCGCCACCCCCGCCCCGGUCUCCGCAGCCGUUGCUAGGAAACUAAUCAACCCUAAAUACGCCCUAGUUACGUCACAGGCUAAAGCUAACAAUGCUAGCCCAGCUAGCUCUGCUAACAACUCUAGCAACAAGAACUCCACUACCCAAAAUCCACUGGGAAGGGUUCUAAAGCCUGCCAGAGAGCCAGUGGAGGCCCCGCCCCUCCACCCAGGACUAGCCAAUCUGGAGAAGGUGUACCUGAUCCCAUACCUGCCCACCUGGCCGGAGCCAGACCCCCCCCGCGACGUGAUUGGCUUCAUCAACGUGAGAGACGCGUCCCGCCCCCAACAGGUCCACCUCCAGAGAAGUCAACAGUUUGAGACCAGCCAGGCCAUCAGGUUCAGCUCUCCCUUCAGCCUGCCUGAGAAACCCCUACCUGAGACUGCUACUCUACGGAAUACACAGCACGACAAACACACGCCUGAUACACAGAACCCUGAUACACAGAACCCUGAUACACAGAACCCUGAUACACAGAACCCUGAUACACAGAACCCUGAUACGCCUGAUACACAGAACCCUGAUACGCCUGAUACACAGAACCCUGAUACACAUAACCCUGAUACGCCUGAUACACAGAACCCCGAUACCCCUGAUACACAGAACCCUGAUACACAUAACCCUGAUACACAAAACCCUGAUACCCCUGAUACACAGAUCCCUGAUACACAGAACCCUGAUACACAGAACCCUGAUACGCCUGAUACACAGAACCCUGAUACGCCUGAUACACAGAACCCUGAUACACAGAACCCUGAUACACAGAACCCUGAUACGCCUGAUACACAGAACCCUGAUACACCUGACAUAAACCCCUCCGCCCCUCCAGUCCCUAAACCUCGCACCCUGCAGCUCCUCAUUAGCCCUGCCCAUUCUCACCAGUCUGGCCAACCACAGGUCAGCCUGGUCCCCAGGACUGAAAGCCAAUCAGGGACACCGCCUGCCUCCAUCAGCCAAUCAGAAACACUGAUGGAUACCAAGUCCCGCCAUGGCCAGAGAGACGAGAAAGAGGAGGAGGAGGAGUGGCUAGAGGAGGAGGAGUGGCUGGAGGAGGGGCUAGAGGGGAGGCGGGGCAGCAGUAGUCAUGACGAUAAUGGCAGCACCACGGCGCUAUGUGACCAGACAGCCAAUAACAUGUCGUCUGACGACUUAUACUACGAGUGCAACGAAUCAGACCCCACAGAAUCCUCCCCGGUGGCCAAUGGGUUAACAGCAGAGUUGGGCCGGGUUGGCGAGGGUCAUCGUCAUGGAAAUGGAGUCAAUGUGAUGGCGAGGUUCUCCCAGAGCAUGCUGGACCUUCGGCCUCACAGCCAAUCAGACGACAGGGGAGUUCUAAUGAGCCAAUCACAGGACCGAAGGAGCCAACAGACACGCCCUCAGCCACACAGACACAUCGGACAGUUGUUUCAGAGCUCCAGGUCACCAGGUCGUGAUGGUCGCCAGAUGAGCAGGGCUAAAGUCGUCAAUGCCAAACCAAGAAGUGUCCACCGCUCGCCACUAGCAUCGUUCCCUGCGAUUGGAGGACAUCGCUACUUGCAGGGCCAAUCACUGCAGCCCUCCGAUACUCGCUCCAGCCGGUCGCCACGACGACACAGCCCGGCCUGCAAAGGGGCGGGACUUUCCCCCUGGCCACGCCUCCCCACGUCGAGCAUCCAAUCCAGCAGGAGCUAUGGGCGUGUCCUUCUCCAAACUGACCAAUCAACCACUGAGGGGGCGGUAUAUAGCCUCACAGACGAAAGCGUCGCUUGACAACAAGGAGGUCGGCUAGGAUUAACUAAUGUAUGGACCAAUGGGACGGCUAGGUUUGACUAAUGUCUGGACCAAUGGGACGGCUAGCAGGAAGUUAGACAGACAAUGUAACUGAAUGUUGUUGUUUUUUAUGUUUGUCUGAUUGGUUGCUCUGACUAGAUCAUGUGUCUGAUUGGUUGCUCUGACUAGAUCAUGUGUCUGAUUGGUUGCUCUGACUAGAUCAUGUGUCUGAUUGGUUGCUCUGACUAGAUCAUGUGUCUGAUUGGUUGCUCUGACUAGAUCAUGUGUCUGAUUGGUUGCUCUGACUAGAUCAUGUGUCUGAUUGGUUGCUCUGACUAGAUCAUGUGUCUGAUUGGUUGCUCUGUCCAGAUCAUGUGUCUGAUUGGUUGCUCUGACUAGAUCAUGUGUCUGAUUGGUUGCUCUGACUAGAUCAUGUGUCUGAUUGGUUGCUCUGACUAGAUCAUGUGUCUGAUUGGUUGCUCAUGAUCAUGAUUCACUCUGGUACAACGUGAUAGCUGCAGGACCAGGACAGAUACAACGUGACAGCUGCAGGAACAAGACAGAUACAACGUGAUAGCUGCAGGACCAAGACAGAUACAACGUGAUAGCUGCAGGACCAAGACAGACUCACUCUGAUACAACGUGAUAGCUGCAGGACCAAGACAGAUACAACAUGAUAGCUGCAGGACCAAGACAGACUCACUCUGGUACAACGUGAUAGCUGCAGGACCAAGACAGAUACAACAUGAUAGCUGCAGGACCAAGACAGAUACAACAUGAUAGCUGCAGGACCUAGACAGAUACAACAUGAUAGCUGCAGGACCAAGACAGAUACAACAUGAUAGCUGCAGGACCAGGACCGAUACAACAUGAUAGCUGCAGGACCAAGACAGAUACAACGUGACAGCUGCAGGACCAAGACAGAUACAACGUGAUAGCUGCAGGACCAAGACAGAUACAACAUGAUAGCUGCAGGACCAAGACAGACUCACUCUGAUACAACAUGAUAGCUGCAGGACCAAGACAGAUACAACAUGAUAGCUGCAGGACCAAGACAGAUACAACAUGAUAGCUGCAGGACCAAGACAGAUACAACAUGAUAGCUGCAGGACCAAGACAGAUACAACAUGAUAGCUGCAGGACCAAGACAGAUACAACAUGAUAGCUGCAGGACCAAGACAGAUACAACGUGAUAGCUGCAGGACCAAGACAGAUACAACGUGAUAGCUGCAGGACCAAGACAGAUACAACAUGAUAGCUGCAGGACCAAGACAGAUACAACAUGAUAGCUGCAGGACCAAGACAGAUACAACAUGAUAGCUGCAGGACCAAGACAGAUACAACAUGAUAGCUGCAGGACCAAGACAGAUACAACAUGAUAGCUGCAGGACCAAGACAGAUACAACAUGAUAGCUGCAGGACCAAGACAGAUACAACAUGAUAGCUGCAGGACCAAGACAGAUACAACAUGAUAGCUGCAGGACCAAGACAGAUACAACAUGAUAGCUGCAGGACCAAGACAGAUACAACAUGAUAGCUGCAGGACCAAGACAGAUACAACAUGAUAGCUGCAGGACCAAGACAGAUACAACAUGAUAGCUGCAGGACCAAGACAGAUACAACAUGAUAGCUGCAGGACCAAGACAGAUACAACAUGAUAGCUGCAGGACCAAGACAGAUACAACAUGAUAGCUGCAGGACCAAGACAGAUACAACAUGAUAGCUGCAGGACCAAGACAGAUACAACAUGAUAGCUGCAGGACCAAGACAGAUACAACGUGAUAGCUGCAGGACCAAGACAGAUACAACAUGAUAGCUGCAGGACCAAGACAGAUACAACAUGAUAGCUGCAGGACCAAGACAGAUACAACAUGAUAGCUGCAGGACCAAGACAGAUACAACAUGAUAGCUGCAGGACCAAGACAGAUACAACAUGAUAGCUGCAGGACCAAGACAGAUACAACGUGAUAGCUGCAGGACCAAGACAGAUACAACAUGAUAGCUGCAGGACCAAGACAGAUACAACAUGAUAGCUGCAGGACCAAGACAGAUACAACAUGAUAGCUGCAGGACCAAGACAGAUACAACGUGAUAGCUGCAGGACCAAGACAGAUACAACAUGAUAGAUGCAGGACCAAGACAGAUACAACAUGAUAGCUGCAGGACCAAGACAGAUACAACAUGAUAGCUGCAGGACCAAGACAGAUACAACAUGAUAGCUGCAGGACCAAGACAGAUACAACAUGAUAGCUGCAGGACCAAGACAGAUACAACGUGAUAGCUGCAGGACCAAGACAGAUACAACAUGAUAGCUGCAGGACCAAGACAGAUACAACAUGAUAGCUGCAGGACCAAGACAGAUACAACGUGAUAGCUGCAGGACCAAGACAGAUACAACAUGAUAGCUGCAGGACCAAGACAGAUACAACAUGAUAGCUGCAGGACCAAGACAGAUACAACGUGAUAGCUGCAGGACCAAGACAGAUACAACAUGAUAGCUGCAGGACCAAGACAGAUACAACAUGAUAGCUGCAGGACCAAGACAGAUACAACAUGAUAGCUGCAGGACCAAGACAGAUACAACAUGAUAGCUGCAGGACCAAGACAGAUACAACAUGACUCUUUCUAUA